ACGACAAUGGACAUACUGCACUCUCAGCUGAACGAACUGCAAAAGCACCUUGCAUGGGUGUCUACAGAGCCACUGAACUGGAAAUUAUACGUUCAGAUCUUCUCCUGGGGAGUCUAUCUUUUCGAGUCGUACCUCACCUUGCGCCAAUACCCACUCUACUCAAAGACAGAACCUCCUAAAGAGCUCGCAGCACAUAUCGAUGCUGAGACAUUUAAGAAGUCACAGAGCUAUGGACGCGACAAGGCGCGCUUUGGGAUCUUCUCUGGUUUCGUUCACCAGGUGCUAGAAUCGUCUAUGUUGCAUUACGGCGUCUAUGCCUGGGCUUGGGACCUUGCAGGCCGUACUAUCUCGCGUUUUGGGUAUGGCACAGACUACGAGAUUCUCCAAUCGAACGUUUUCGUUGGCAUAUUAUACCUGAUCUCCACUGUUCCAACUCUACCUCUAUCCAUAUAUCAGACGUUCGUCUUAGAGGAGAGGCACGGAUUCAACAAGACAACGCCCAAGUUGUUUGUGACCGACCUGGUGAAGGGCUGGCUCCUCAUGCUCGCCAUCGGCGCACCCUUCCUGUCCAUAUUUAUUCGUAUUUUUGAAUGGGCAGGUGAUCGAUUUGUACCAUGGCUCAUGGGAUUCCUCCUCGCCUUCCAGCUUUCGAUGGUCGUCCUAUACCCGACCGUCAUCCAACCACUCUUCAACAAGCUAUCGCCUCUCAAGGAAGGUGACUUACGCACUCGAAUCGAAGCUCUGGCUACACGGCUCAAGUUCCCGCUGAAGCACCUAUAUGAGAUCGAUGGUUCCAAACGUAGUUCGCACAGCAACGCAUAUUUCUUCGGACUGCCAUGGAGUAAGCACAUCGUCAUCUUCGAUACACUCAUCUCCGAAAGCACAUCUGAAGAAGUCGAAGCAGUCCUCGCACACGAACUAGGCCACUGGUUCUUUGCACACCCAACCAAACUCCUCUUCAUCUCUCAAUUCCACAUAUUCUCUAUCCUUGCUCUCUUCCCAGCCUUCUUACACGCCCCACCUGUUCUCCGCGCGUUCGACUUCCCUCCAGCAGUGGCCAAGAACCCUCCAACGAUCGUCGCUUUCCUCUUGUUCCAGAUGAUCUUGACUCCCAUGGAGGCUGUGAUUGGCGCGGCGAUGAACGCUCUAUCUCGGCGUUUUGAGUGGCAAGCGGAUCGAUUUGCGUGUGAGCUUUCUCAACGGCUUAAAGAACCGAGCAUGGAGAAUAUGGGUGCACGGCUUGGACGCGCCCUCACAACGCUCCAUGUUAAGAAUCUGUCAACCAUCUGGGUCGAUUGGUUGUACUCUGCUUACCAUCACUCUCACCCGACUCUAUUGGAACGGCUACGUGCUAUAAACGCCUUUCAGGCGACAAAACUUAAUGGUGCAAGCGUGGCAGUGAAGAAAGAACUCUAGAACUCAUAUCUUCCCACCGAUCCUUCUGGCCCGUAAUUACACAUUCAUGUAGAGAGUAUCAACAUGGCUAUAUCAAACA